GUCGGAUUUUGUCGGGCGUGUUAAGCUGUGAAAGUUCAAAAAUUGUUGUAAUAUUUGUGUGAAAAAAAUAAACAAUCAAUUUAUCUAUAUGUAAAACGGAAGAUGUAAGCGCGAUUUAGUGUUGACACGCGAAUAAAACGAAACCGAAGCGUAUCGUGUAGUUGGCAGUGCAAAAAGAUCUGCAGAUCGUAGGCCUUACACAAUGUCGGCACGCAGCAGCGUUGUGACCGCGUCCUCGUCAACGGCCGAUGUGCCACGCCCGCCGCCACGGCGACGCGCCGCCUCUGUCGCGGGACAACAGCAAUCGCAGCAGCAGCGCCUGGAUUACAACAACGGACACACGCCACGCAGAUCGUUGGCAGCUGUGAACGACACUGGGGACUCGUGUCACCUGCGCAUAGUUGUGCUCAGCGGCAAGUCCUUGGCCAAGAAGGACAUUUUUGGCGCCAGUGAUCCGUAUGUCAGAAUCGAUUUGAAUACAAUCAACGGUGAUAUUAAUAUUGACUCGGUUUUAACUAAAACCAAAAAGAAGACACUGAAUCCAUCCUGGAAUGAGGAGUUCAUAUUCAGGGUUAAACCGUCUGAGCACAAGCUGGUGUUUCAAGUAUUCGACGAGAAUCGCUUGACACGCGAUGAUUUCCUGGGCAUGGUCGAGCUGACGCUGGUGAAUCUGCCCACGGAGCAGGAGGGCCGAACGAUUGGUUCACAGAGUUAUACGCUGCGUCCGCGCAGGUCAGUAGGCGCCAAAUCACGCAUCAAGGGCACCCUGGAGAUAUAUCAUGCCUUCAUACGCGAGACACGCGAACAGAGCGAACCCUCGAGCAACAACAGCGACGGCGAAUGGGAGCAUGUCGAGGCUACAAAUGCCGGCGAGCAAUCAGCACAGCCGCAUCCAUUUCCUAGCGGCGGCACGGAUGCCUUGCCCGCCGGCUGGGAGGAGCGACAGGACGCAAAUGGACGCACAUACUAUGUGAAUCAUACGGCGCGCACGACGCAAUGGGAGAGGCCAACCAUCUUGAAUAGCAACAAUAGCCAAAACGUUGAUCAGCUGGCCUCCGAUUUCCAAAGACGUUUUCACAUAAGUGUGGAUGAAACGGAGUCGGGACGUGGGCCGGAUACCCGCAGUCUCUUGAGUAUAGAGGACAAUAACAAUACAACGCCCACAGCCACGACACCAACACAAAUCUCACGCAGACAGUCGCAAGCAUCAGCUAACAGCAACAACAACAACAACAGCAACAAUUGUGAUACAAUAGUUGAGCAGGCCGAAAUAGAACCCGACCCAAUGGUGGACCAUGCCAGUUUUGUUUACAAUUCACUGCAACAUCGCGACACUGGUAGGGAGCCAGAAAUCUCGUCGACCAGUCUGCAAAACGAUUUGCGACCCGUGCGCCACGCAACUGGCAAUCUUGUCAACGGGGCCAUAACGAAUCUAUUGACGCGCCGCGCCAACGACAGCAGCUUGGGCCGACAGCAAUUGGACAACCGGCAGCAGAGACGACGCCAACUCCAGUUGCAGAAUAGACAAUUGAGUGAAGACACCGAUCACACAGACAGCCACAAUCCCUCAGAGAUCUCAGCUCCGUCCACACGACGCAAUUCCGAGGAAGACAACGCGGCUGUGCCCACGGAUCAAACCGCAGCCAGUGAGGAGGAGGCGCUGCCACCGCGUUGGUCCAUGCAGGUGGCACCCAAUGGACGUACCUUCUUCAUAGACCAUGAAUCACGCCGCACCACCUGGAUUGAUCCGCGCAAUGGACGGGCCAGUCCGAUGCCAAAUCAAACGCGACGCGUCGAGGACGAUCUGGGCCCCUUGCCCGAGGGCUGGGAGGAGCGCGUGCAUACGGACGGUCGCGUCUUCUACAUAGAUCACAAUACGCGCACCACACAGUGGGAGGAUCCACGCUUGUCAAAUCCAAAUAUCGCCGGCCAAGCGGUGCCCUAUUCGCGAGAUUACAAACAGAAAUACGAGUAUUUCAAGAGUCAUAUUAGAAAGCCUACAAAUGUACCAAAUAAAUUUGAAAUACGCAUUCGCCGUACGUCGAUAUUGGAGGACUCGUAUAGAAUUAUUAGUUCGGUGACGAAAACCGAUUUACUAAAGACUAAAUUAUGGGUAGAGUUCGAAGGGGAGACAGGCUUAGAUUAUGGUGGCCUUGCCAGAGAAUGGUUCUAUUUACUAUCCAAAGAAAUGUUUAAUCCAUAUUACGGACUCUUCGAGUACUCCGCCAUGGAUAACUACACAUUGCAAAUCAAUAACGGCAGCGGUUUGUGCAACGAGGAGCAUUUAAGUUAUUUCAAGUUUAUUGGCCGCAUAGCUGGCAUGGCUGUAUAUCAUGGCAAAUUGUUGGAUGCCUUUUUCAUACGUCCCUUCUACAAGAUGAUGCUGCAAAAGCCAAUUGAUUUGAAGGACAUGGAAUCAGUGGACACUGAAUACUAUAAUUCAUUGAUGUGGAUUAAAGAGAACGACCCGCGCAUUCUGGAGCUGACAUUCUGUCUGGAUGAGGAUGUGUUUGGUCAAAAGAGUCAGCAUGAACUCAAGCCUGGCGGUGCCAAUAUUGACGUGACCAACGAAAACAAAGAUGAAUACAUUAAACUUGUCAUCGAGUGGCGCUUUGUGGCGCGCGUUAAGGAUCAAAUGACUGCGUUCUUGGAUGGCUUUGGCUCCAUUAUACCGCUUAAUCUAAUCAAAAUCUUUGACGAGCACGAACUGGAGCUGCUGAUGUGCGGCAUACAGAAUAUUGAUGUUAAGGAUUGGCGUGAGAAUACGCUAUAUAAGGGCGACUACCACAUGAAUCACAUUAUUAUCCAAUGGUUCUGGCGCGCCGUUUUGUCAUUUUCCAACGAGAUGCGCUCUCGCCUGUUGCAAUUCGUGACGGGAACAUCACGUGUGCCCAUGAAUGGUUUCAAGGAGCUCUACGGAUCGAAUGGUCCACAAAUGUUUACUAUUGAAAAGUGGGGCACACCCAACAAUUUUCCCCGUGCACAUACCUGCUUUAAUAGAUUGGACCUGCCACCCUAUGAGGGUUAUCUGCAGCUGAAGGAUAAGCUUAUCAAAGCCAUUGAGGGCAGCCAAGGAUUUGCCGGUGUUGAUUAAUAACACCGGUCCUGUCUGCGACGGCGUUGGCAAUGUGGUUGAUAGUGCCGAGCUGUGGCAAACAGUCCAGCAGUUAUAUGAGGAGGAGCAACAACGGCGACAAACUACAUCACAGCAAGGACAACGGCAACAGCAACAGCAACAACAACUGCAGCAACCGCAACAGGGCAACCGCAUUGCAAUUACUAGGAACACCACCGCCACUCACUCGUGUACUUAUUUGUUCGUUUGCUUUUGUAUUAUAAUCAUUUUUGCUAGUUUAGUGCUGUUUCGUAUGUAUUUUUAGCUAGGCGAAAGCACACACAGCACAUACACACAUACACACACACACACACACACACACACACACACACACAUUCGCUCCAGGGGCAGACCCAAGGUCCAAAUUAUUGGAGCAGACUAUACAAGCCCAUAACAACAAAUUGAAGGGUCUAAAAUAAUUGUAUUGUGUUUCGCAUUUUGCCGAAGAAAAAAAUUGUAUAAAGUAGAGAACCUAUAUAAAACCACAAUAAAUUAAA